AUGAUGAUCUUGAAUGAUAAUCUUGGUGAGGGGACAUGGUGUCAGAAGGAAGGCAACAAUGCUGUAUCCACAUUAAAUGUUCGGAUCAGAGCUGCUAAUGCCCCUGGUGUGCUUGUGUUAGUCGAAUUCCAGCAACAACUGAUCACCAAGACUUCAAUGCUUAGACUUGGCAACAAAGCCACCUGCUCCUCAAUAUUAGUUCACAUCACACUCCAAGCUCGAGUACCAUCCAUCUAUUCGACCACCAUCUGGGGCAUCCACGACAAGUUUGUCAAUACCACUCGUGAGGCCGAUUCGAAGGUAGCAAGAGCGUUGAUUCGAGUUCGUGUGAAGUUGAAGUUGAGAAAAGAAAACGCGAAAAACUUUUUUCUUAUUUAUGGGUUACGCUUAUAUAAGCAAAUCAAGAUUAACAGCUAUAUAUCACGUGAUUCUACCUUGCAUCGCGGCUUUUUGGUUUCUUUUGAUGGAACGAAGAAAGUUGAUGAUAAUAAACAGACACAAGAAACGAAAGGGUUGGAUGCCCUUCCAGAAAUAAUCUCAGACUGUUGA